AUGACUGUUAGUGCAGUGGCUGUCAUUGCCAAGCCAGCACAGGACGCGAUUCUGUGGGCAAUGCAAAGCGGCCAUUGUGAGAUGGGGUCCGACCAUGAGGGAUCUUCUUCUGGGAGUGACCCAGACUCGCCUAGUCCAGAACGAGUUCAAGUUGGAUCCAAACAGUUAUUUCUGAGGUUGAUGUCCAGUAGUGUGCAGUUGGACUCAGAGGAGGCCCGUUCUGCACUCUUGCAAAGCUUGAUGGAUCAAGUCCUUGAAGGGCCUUCCACCAAGGUGGGAAACUUAGAUCUGAGUUCCCUUGCACAGCGGGAACUUCCACCUGGGAGUUGGGGACAUCUUUUUGUCAUCUAUCAAGCUCACUGCAUAGCCCUUGAUCAGAAGGUUGCAAGCAAGGCGCUCUUUUACAAAGUCUCCAAACCAUGGAGAAAGGUGCUGGCGUUUCGCCGACGAAGUCAGCACAGCACUUGUGCUGUAUGCGACAAACUACGAGCGAGAAUGAGACACGCGAGAACAUUUAUAGAGAAUGCCAAAGCAGCUGACUGCUUGUUAGGCCAUCUGGCCACGGUGUGGCGCUGCAGGGAAGUCUACUGGGAAGCUCGCCAACAGUCCCGCAAUGGAGAUGAGCUUCUAACCUUAAUAAUCGACGGGUUCGAUAGAAGCAAGCCUCUUCUUCCACGCUGGACCCGAGGAAGGACACCAAAGCACAGCACGUGUGAACGGGUUACUCGGACAGGUGUCCAAUUGUCUGCAGUGAUUGCACACGGACACGGCGUUGUCAUCUUCCUCACGGAUGAAGCGACUUCGUGCGGCGGGUCAUACAGUUGGGAGACCAUCCUGUUUACUCUGAACGAGGUGAGACCUUGGAAAGACUUAAUCCCACACGUGGCGACGAUGAGCAACGUCUACAGGCCUCGUAGCGGAGAAGAUGAGGAGAGGAUUCCUCACAGUUUCCUCUUUCGUCGAAGAGAUGGGUUGCCAGCAGCUAUCCCUCGCAGUGAACGUCUUCCACGAAGAUAUGAGCACAAUGCCUCUGACGUUUUCUGUCUUUUGAAACAAGACCUUUGCGAUGCAGAAUUGAGCCAGCCAGCAUUGCUGGUCUGGCCUGGUGAUGAAUUGGCUCGUUCGCGCGCCUUUUGGCAAGCUGCGACGAGCCACCGCGGGAAGCAUUUUGACUUGGAUCCGGACAGAGCCCGGGACCUCCUUGAGUUGGCUGAUGUGCUGGACUCAUAUCCACAGUAUGCUCGCGCUACAGCAUACAUGAGAGGCCUGAGCUACGAGAUCCUAGCGAUUGGACACUUUGUGCCAGGCAGCGAGAGGCUGUCCAAGGAGGAUUCCAAGCGACGCCGGGACACCUUGUUGAAGUUGGAAGAGAUGCGUUCUACAAAGGCUGAUCCCGAUGGCGAUGAGCCAGCAGAUGGCACCAAGGAGGAGUCAGAAGAGUCAGGGGAAGAAGAGGGUGAACGGGGAGAAGAGAACACUCUCUUGAUGAAUUUCAGGCAUCGCUUCGAGGCCACGCUUAGAGAAGCCAACCGGAUGCUCACAGUCAAAGAUCUUAUGAUCUCGUUUGAACCCUCAAGCAUUUAUGGGAACCGAGCUGGCUUCUUGAAAGGUCUCCUUGUGACAGCACGGGCCCCAGCUCAUGGAAACAUCUUCUGGCGUUCUCCUGCAUGGCGCCGGGGAAUCGUGACUGAUGUGCACAUGCUUCCUCGAGCAGAGAUGUAUAAGGAACAUCAGGUGACAUCUGCCCCGCUUUCCAUGCAAGCAGCUUUUACAGACUGCCAAGAGCAACGGCAAGUUGUUUGGAUGUUGGAAUUCAACAAUUUGUUUGGAUGGUGCUUUUCCAAAAUGUGGCUCUAUGAUGCUACCAUGUUUGAUUGA